AUGCCGGGCAUCUGGGAUGUUGUCUUCCCGGGAUCCCUGCAUGUUCGGGAGUCACGGCGGGGGCCUGGCCACCUCUCACGCCUGCCCUUCCCGUCUCCCUCCAUCAUCCACAGCCUAGACCUGUCCGAGUUGGCCAAAGCCGCCAAGAAGAAGCUGCAGGCGCUCAGCAACCGGCUUUUUGAGGAACUUGCCAUGGAUGUGUAUGACGAGGUGGAUAGAAGAGAAAAUGACGCCGUGUGGCUGGCUACCCAAAACCACAGCACCCUGGUGACGGAGCGCAGUGCUGUGCCCUUCCUGCCUGUGAACCCCGAGUACUCAGCCACACGGAAUCAGGGGCGGCAGAAGUUGGCCCGCUUUAAUGCCCGAGAGUUUGCCACCCUGAUCAUUGACAUUCUCAGUGAGGCCAAGCGGAGACAGCAAGGCAAGAGCCUGAGCAGCCCCACAGACAACCUCGAGCUCUCUGCGCGGAGCCAGAGCGACCUCGACGACCAACACGACUACGACAGUGUGGCCUCGGACGAGGACACGGACCAGGAACCCCUGCGCGGCGCUGGUGCCACUAGGAACAACCGUGCCCGGAGCAUGGACUCCUCAGACCUCUCCGAUGGGGCCGUGACUCUGCAGGAGUAUCUGGAGCUGAAGAAGGCUCUGGCUACCUCCGAGGCCAAGGUGCAACAGCUCAUGAAGGUCAACAGCAGCUUGAGUGAUGAGCUCCGGAGGCUGCAGAGGGAGAUCCACAAGCUGCAGGCAGAGAAUCUGCAGAUCCGGCAGCCGCCGGGGCCGGUGCCCACACCCCCACUGCCCAGCGAGCGGGCGGAACAUACAUCGAUGGGGCCUGGGGGGAGCACCCACCGCAGGGACCGCCAGGCCUUCUCCAUGUAUGAACCAGGCUCCGCCCUGAAGCCCUUUGGGGGCCCACCUGGGGACGAGCUCACCACCCGGCUCCAGCCUUUCCACAGCACUGAGCUGGAGGACGACGCCAUCUAUUCAGUACACGUCCCUGCCGGCCUUUACCGGAUCCGGAAGGGGGUGUCGGCCUCCGCUGUGCCCUUCACUCCCUCCUCCCCACUCCUGUCCUGCUCCCAGGAAGGAAGCCGCCACACGAGCAAGCUUUCCCGCCACGGCAGCGGUGCCGACAGCGACUACGAGAACACGCAAAGUGGGGACCCGCUGCUCGGACUGGAAGGGAAGAGGUUUCUGGAGCUGGGCAAGGAAGAAGACUUCCACCCGGAGUUGGAAAGCCUGGAUGGAGACCUCGACCCUGGGCUUCCCAGCACGGAGGAUGUCAUCCUGAAGACGGAACAGGUCACCAAGAACAUUCAGGAAUUGUUGCGGGCUGCCCAAGAAUUCAAGCACGACAGCUUUGUGCCCUGCUCAGAGAAGAUCCAUUUGGCUGUGACUGAGAUGGCCUCUCUCUUCCCCAAGAGGCCCGCCCUGGAGCCUGUGCGCAGCUCGCUGCGGCUGCUCAACGCCAGUGCCUGCCGGCUGCAGAGCGAGUGCCGGAAGACCGUGCCCCCGGAGCCCGGCGCCCCUGUGGACUUCCAGCUGCUGACUCAGCAGGUGAUCCAGUGCGCCUAUGACAUCGCCAAGGCUGCCAAGCAGCUGGUCACCAUCACCACCCGAGAAAAGAAGCAGUGACCACUCUCCCUGCACCCUCGCCUGCACCCUGGGACCUCACUGGCCGUGGGAGCUGGGCCACUCCAGACACUCAUCCCCACCCUAACAGAGCCACUGGCGCAAGUGCCCUUCGUGCUGCCACUCCCCCUGGCAGCCAGGCGCCCUGGUGCCCGCCCCCCCUGCAGCCCCCACAUUCCAUGCACCUCCCCCUGUACAUAGCAUUCCCCUCCCGCCCCCCCAGCGUGCAGGGGCCUGUAAGGCAUCACUCCCAGCCCCUAGCCCUCUGGGGCACCCUCAGCAAAGGGUCGGGUGGGGACACUCCAAGUGGGGCCAUUCCCCCUACAGGCACCCCACCCCCAUGAGCCAGUUCAGCCCUACUGGGGGCUGAGCGGGGGCAUCCCCUCCUUUGUACAUAAUCUCUGGAUGUCCCCGCCCUGUAGCCACCAGCCCCCCUGCUGCUCUCCUUUAAUGCCAAACGGCCCCUGCCUAGAGCACAGGCCCCAACCUGUGUUCCCAGGGUCCCUAGCAGCAAACACUGGAAAUUGUUCUUUGUUUUUUGGGUUUUUUUUUCCUCUCUCUCCUCUUCCACUCCUUAAUUUUAACAUUGUGGUAACUGAGUGUCCCUGCGUGCCUGUGUGCGUGUGCGGGGCGGCAGUGCCGUUCCGGAGGCCUGGCCCAUCUGGAGUUCUGUGAAGGGUGAGGGGACCGGAGCAGCAGGACCAGUGUUGGGGGUCAGCCCCCCUUCCCCAUUCUCGGGGCCAGGGACUGCUGGUAACCAGCUGGGGUCCAACCCGUUGCCUCCCCUCAUCUGUCCCCCCCACUCCUGACCCCUUCUCCAUGAACUUAACAACAAAAACCACUUCCCUGCAUCUCACCCCCCCCUCCCUUGUGGAGGGGGGUGUGCUGGCUGGGGCAGAGAACUGAGCACCUGAGCCUGGGGCUGGCUCCCCGGGGUCCCUGACUCAGCUGAGAGCCCCCUCCCCAUAACCUCUUGAGAGGCCAGCACCUGCGCCGCGGCAUCCGGGUAUCUGGGAUCUGGGCUGCAGCCUGAGGUUGGAGACGCAGAUGGCAGGGCCUACCAGCUCUCCUCCCUGUCCCGCCUCUGUCCCGGGGGCCAGGUUUUACCUGUGUGGUGGUGGGUGGGCUGACUGUCAAGAAGUGUGUCAUGUACCUUUGUAUCAAAAAUAAAUAAGUGACCAUG